AUGAACAGUAGCAGAGAGAACAGCAGCAACGGCGCAAGCAGAAAGAAGGUUUCGAAGAAUAACGGAACAGCCAAAAGUAGUGACGACAAAAUUAAAGACAGCGGAAGUGUAGGAGAGGAGAAUUGUGCUGACAGGAGUGAUGAGAUGGAGCAGAAUGUAAGUGAAAAGAGCCAUGCCAAGUGCGUGACAAACGUGAAAAAGGAGAAGGAGGAGGAUAGCAGCAGUAACAAGGGUGAUGACAUGAAGAUGGAGGAGCGAAAUCAGAAUGAUAAUAAUCGAGAGGAGGACAAGAAAAAGAAGAAAAAAAAUAAUAAUAAGCUUCCUAACGCAGAUGACGUAGAAAAUGGUAGUGGCGCCACGAGGAAGAAGGAGAACCAAUGCGCUGAGGGAGGAAACGUCGAAAAGGAAAAGGCCGAAGAGGACAGCAAUGCGUCUGCCAUCACGAGUAAUGACAACGUUAAUGGUGUUGGUAGCGGAAAGAGCGGCGCUGGCCAAGGCCAUGGAAAAGGCGUGAAGGAGAAGAAGCCUGGUAACAAAUCGGACAAGAGCGACGCCCCCUCCGGUAACAGUGGCUACUAUGGCAGCUUCCAUUUUAACAAUGACUGGAGGAGUGGCAAAAAUAACAGUAGUGGUAACCUCGACGGGGGAAAGAACAGUGGGGUGGUGUACCAGUACGCCAAAGGUAGCAAUGUGAACGGUGAACACCCAGCAAAUAGGGACAAACAGAACGAUUACAACAGUGCCGCUGGGAAGGAUCCAAAUAAAAAACGAAGCUUUGUCAAAAGUGACAGUAAGAAUUUUGACGGGGGUUAUAAUGCAAGCGCAAGUAAUGGAGGCGCCAACAGUGGAAAUAAUGUGAGUAGUAGCUACCCAAGUAAAGCUAAUUACAAAUAUGACUAUAAGAAUAGUAAGAAUAAUUACAACGUGAAAGGCGGAGGGGGAAAGAAUUACAAAGGGCCACCCCCCAGUAUGCUGAACAGCAACGUUAGUGGUGGUAUGAGCAGUAAUAUGGGUGGAAAUUUCAGUGGCAACGGGGGAGGCAACGGGAGCCGCAAUGGAAGCGGCAAUAGUCACAAUAGCAGCUCGUUGAACUAUGACGGGUUCAACAACCACGGUAGCAGUAACAACCCCAAUGAUGGUAUGAUGAUGGACCCCAUGAAUAACAUGGUCAUGUACAAUAAUAAUAACACCAGUUAUAAUUAUUUGCCGAACUAUGGCUGCAAUUAUCCUUAUACUUAUUAUGUGGAGGACAAUGACAGCAAGAAUGUGGAGUUAGCUAAUUAUUAUUCGUCGAGCAAAAUGUACGGCGGAGCGUCUUCUUCCGGUGGUGGGGCGGGUGGUGCCGCCACUGGCAGUAGUGCUGGAGGUGCUUCAGGGACAACUCCUCCCGCAGCUGCUUCUGCAGCCGCGUCUGCAGCGGCUUCUGCAGCAUCUUGCGCCGCCACAACGGGAGCAGUUGGACCAGACGGUUACAACAACGAUGGUAAUUAUGAUGCCCGCUUUAACUACAACAGCAUGGUGAACGACUUUUACAAUUAUCUCCCCUUCAAUUAUUAUUAUUACAAUAUGAAUAAUAUGUAUUUUGGUGGAUCGAAUUAUAAUGCUAAUGCACACAACAGUCCCUACCAUGACAGCUUGAAGAAUAGAAGAAAUAAAAAGUACCUAUAUGAGAAAAAUAAAAAAAAAAAUUACAAAAAUAUGACCUCGUCAAAUAUGUACAGUGAAAUAAAAAACAGAGUUAUUGAAAUUUUUAAAAGGGAAAACAUCAUGACAGAUGAUUACUUGUUAUACUUUAUGUACAAUAAUGUGAAACUCAGCAUUGAUGUGAUAGCCAAGCAUCCCUACAUUUCUCCCCUGGUUAAUAGCAACACGCAAAACAACACCGCGAUUUUGGCCAACGUGCUAAACGAUUUGAAGUGCAUCAACUUGGGUAAGAAGGACGGCUCUGGAGGGGGAGAGACGGACAAAAUAGAAGCAGAUGUGGAUGGUGACACUGCACAGGUGACCAGAGCACAGGGUAUCACUACCGAUGGGAAAGGAAGCACUAAUGGUAGUGCUAGCCAUGUGGAGUUGAAUGACACAUCAUCGGUACAAGACGGAGAGGCAAAGCAGCAACAACAGGAAGGGGAUGAACCAGAUAAAAGAGAAGAAGAUAAAAAAUUUGUCGCCCCAUCUGUUGAUGAAAACAAUGGGGAGGGUUCUGUGAAAGAGUCCUCUUCACUUAAGAGAGAGGACCACGUGGUAGAGUCCGACGCGACGGGGGCAAAUGGAAAAGAUGGCACAGUUGUGGAAGAAGCGACGGAUACAGCGGUGGAGGGAGAUAAUUCCUCCUCUGCUGCAGAUAAGAGCAAAAAUGUCGAAGGUAAAGGUAGUGAUAAGGGUGAAGAGAAAGGCUCAGCUGACGUGGAGAAAGGGGAUGCAGUCGUUGAUUUGGCCAGCAACACGAAAAACCCCUUUGAAGAAGACAACAAGAACUUCUUGCUGAAUUUGAAUAAUAAACGAAAUGUAAUUAUCAUUAGAGAUAUCAAUUCGCACUACAUCAACACGAUUAAAAGCAUCGUCCUGAGUAGCCCCAACAUCCAGCCGACUGACGUUCUGAAUGUGAGGAACGAUGUGAAUAACACCAUCUUCAUCACCCUCAGGAAUGAAAAGAAAACGGAAUCGCUAGCGCAAUAUUUAAAGACCAAAUCUGUUAAUGAUAAAAAGUUAAAUGUUCGAAUUAAGACAACACAGAGGAUACAAAAUAUUAUUGAAAACAACAUUUUCAAGUCGAUGGGUACCAUGCUGGGGAGCAGUAACAAUGUGAGUAGCAGCAGUCAGGGGAACAACCACAGCGUUGGCGCUGCUAAUGGGGGCAGCAAUACGAACGCAUCGGUCAUGGGAACGAACGGAAGAGGUGUUAUCAACGGCGUGAGUGGUGCUGGUGCGGGUGUGAGUGGAGGAAGUACACGUGGCGGUAGUGCCGCAGGUGUAGGUGCUAGUAAUGGGUCCAUCUCCUCAGGGGUGGGCGGAUCUCAAAAUUCGAGCUCCCCCAAUGGUGUGCAGCCGAUGGCUUCUUCCUCCUCCACUGGUGCUGGUGGAUCAACGAGCACUAACAAUGCAGCAACGGCGACAUCAAACGGCAGCAUAGCAGGAACGACCGGUGGCAGUCAUUUAAAUAUGAUACCCAAUGCAGGAAUGCCUAUGGGUCCCAAGGGGUACAUGAAUUUUAACAACAUGUAUUACCUGCCCAACACGAUGAAUGGUUAUGAUAGUACCUUAUAUGGACACUGCGGUUCAGCGAGCAAUCCUGCUUCUAACUUUGAUGCCUAUUUGAACUACUACAAUUAUGGUAUGAACACCGCAGCGUACAACAUGUAUCAACAUGUGAAUUUGUGUGAUACGUUUGGUGGUGGGUACAACAUGUAUUCGAAUGCAUAUGGGCCUUUGAACGAAAUGAAGAACAAGCACGGUUACAAUAACGGCAAGGGGCGUAAAUUCUCCAGAGGAGGUGGUGACGGUAACAAUGCAGGAAGAAUGAGCGACAAUAGUUUUAAUAACGGCUCUAUGGCUGGCUCAGUAGGUGCAGGAGCAUCAUCCCAAGGAGGUGCAGGUGGAGCAAAUAAUAAUGCACCAGGAUAUUUUGCCAAUGCAUAUAGUAAUUAUAACCAUGUUUUUAGUAACAUGUAUGGUAAUAAUAUGUACGCAAAUAAUAUGUAUGGAAAUAUUAUGCACGGUAAUGUGUAUCAUGAUGGGGGUAAUAAUAAGGGUGACAAGUAUGUGGAAGAUGGGAGGAAGUUCUAUCACUUAGAUGGAGUUAAUGAGAAGGGUGCAGGGGCGACUACUGGCUCGGGAGCAACACACCAUCAUAAUAGAAUGAAUAAAGGUGCUAAGGAUGCUGAUAAUGGAAAAGGCGGCAUGGGUGCGGCAGCCACGGGUAGUAAUGGGAAUAGUAAGAACAAUCGGGCAGGCGCCAAUGAAAAUGGAGGCAGCGGAGGGAAGAAUAAUAGGAGUAGAAGCAGCAGCAACUGUAAUAGUAGCGCUUAUAAUGGAAAUAACAAUAAUAAUAAUAACAGCGGGAACAAUAACGGACACGGCGCGAGCAGUAACAGUAACGGAAGUGGCAACAACAGAAAUGGUACUAAUGGGAAUAGCGGCAACGGCGCAGCGAAUACCACCAACCAUGGAAAUGGCAGUGGGAGCAAUGGAAAUGCAGGAGGCACUGGAAGCGGGGGUGGAAACGGAGGGAGCGGAAACAACUGCAGCAGUAAUAAUAAGAGCGCCAUGAAGACGAACGGCGAGUAUAGCAAGAGCGGUAGCAAAAUAAUGGCGAGCAACAACAAGCUUAAUAAAAAAGACCCCCUCGUCAUGUACGACAGUCAUGGUAAUAGUAACAGUGUGAUGGGCAAAAAUGAAAAUAAAGCGCUUGACAAGAAAAGUGGAAAAAAUUAUUAUAAUAAAAAAAACAGCGCAAGGAAAAGCGGAGAGAAAAAGGGUGAGAGUAAGAAGAAGGACGACUCGGCCACUGUGUCCACAGACUUGGCCAGCAAUGAGGUUGCCAAAAUGAAGGACGAGAGGAAGAAGGCUGGUCAGAAAUUGAAGGACGACGAUAAUUGCAGCGAAGUGGCUAAUCAAGCCGACCACCAUCAUCCGCAUCUACAGCAGAGGAAGAAAUCGCUCGAUAUGAACGAGGCCUGCGAAGUGAAUGACGCGGAGGAAGCGCACCACCUCGCACAGAGCGACUUCGAAAAUGACGCCAGCACAGAGAAAAACAAUCAUGACAGCAAUCAUAAUGAGGAGGAUCAUGGAAAAGGUACCGAAGUUGAUAAGAGUGAAGAAAGUAACAACCAACAUGAUGAUGUAAAUGUGGAGAAAAAGAAUAAGAAGGAUUCUCAUGCAAAAAGUGACCAGCCUGGUAGCAAUGAUGCCAAGGACCACUCCAACAGAGGGUCCCCAAGAAUCGGAGCUGCGAAGAAAAAUUUCGCCAACAAAAUGGCCACUAAUAAAGACAAAGGUGGAGUCAACUCGGACGAUAAGAAGGCGACAAAGAAUAAGAACAAAGUGGAGGACGCUACUGCAAAUGGCAGCAUUGGCGGAGUAGGCGGCGCGGCUAAUGAGAACAGUGGUCCCAGUGGCAACACGCAAAAUAGGAAGAAGUACUCCUAUGUGGACAUUAUGGAUUCGUGCAAAAAAUUGACCAACGUUGAUGCCCCUCCUGAGUGCAUAGACAAGCUGAUGAAGGAGAAUGUCUCCCUAUUUAGAAAGCGCGACGAUCAGUUCUGUUGGAAAUUAAACGUUUUUUAA